AUUUUGGAAGUCACUGAAAUUACUAAUGCACUGCAAAAAAGUUUUAAAACUGUCUCUGAAUAUUUUCAGUUGGAUGUACUCUCCCACUUGCAAACAUAUGGUUUAUUAAUAUAAACUUACCUAUGUGCAUAUAGUUAUCGUUGCAUUAAUUAUACUUGUAAUAACACUGAAGAUUUAGCAGCCGAGGGAGAUUAUUACCACUGGAAAUCUAGGACCUGCAAGGUAUAAUUAAAAGCUGCAUUCAGACAGAAACAGUUCAUUGACACGGUACCAAUGUAUGGAAUGUUUACCUGUUUUAUCGCGGAGCUACAAUUGAGAGACGCCACAUCUAUGGAUCGUUAUUAUAGGAGGACAAUGUUAUAAAGACAAUAAUAGCAUCGAUGGAAGAUAAUCAAAACACCUGUGAUCGAUCACAAAUUGUAUCAUUAGUGUGUUAUCUGUAUUGAACUGAGAAGCUUUUUAAUACUGAGAUAUGGCUAUUGAACAGCAACGGCAGAGCUUUCAAAGUUGUAUUAGAAAAAACACCAGUGACAUGUAAUAAUUUUGUAAAGCAAUAUAUCAGUAUUUACAUUCGGCCAGUUAUAAACCGGAAGUGAGAGAGAAACAGUGGGAGAGUAGAGGAGGAUAAGAUAAGAAAAAUAAGAAAGAAAGCCAAGGAAGACAAACCACGUGAGCGACCGAGAGAGAGAGGAGGAGUGAGAGAGAGAGAGAGAGAGAGAGAGAGAGCGAAAGACAGAAAGAGUGGGGAGAGGAAUUACCAUGGAGAUAAAUGACAGUUUGAACAACGGGAGUCUUGUGAUAAGCAACGGACCUUAUUAUGAGGAACCUUACCGGACAUUUUCCAUCGUUGUUGAUGCCCUGCUUAUUUUGCCUGCCAUUGUCGGAAAUCUUAUAAUCGUUUAUUUCGUCUCAAAGUCGAAGGAGUUACGAAAUGUCGGUAAUUACUUGGUGAUAAGCCUGGCUUUUGAUGACGUAUUCAUGGGAGCAUGUAUUCUGCCUUAUGACAUUUACGUUCUCUACAACACUUCACUGGGACAAAACAAGGUACUUUGUUUGUUGCGUUUCGUUUUACACAAUAUGACCGGUUCAAACUCGAUAUUCAAUUUGUUUUUCAUUUCGCUGGAGCGUUACAUUGCUAUUAUACAUCCGUUCAACUACAAUAAAAUAGUGACUUACCCAAGACUCAUCGCCGGGAUUAUUGCCGCCAGAGUCUAUAGCUUGGUUAUGGCCAGCGUCCCACUGAUGGGUGAACACAAAUGGACGCCUGGCGUACAGUGCGACCCUUCACGCAUAUGGGUAACUUGGUAUUCGUAUUUCUGCUCCCUAUGGGUUGUAUUUCUUAUUUCGCUUACGAUCUUCUGUUACAGCAGAGUGAUCAAGGUGGCUUUCAGACAUAUAGACGCCGUCAUUAAACAGAAGGCGAGCGUAGAUACAGAAGGAGAUUCAGACCACAAAGCAGAGAUACGCAAAACGAAAAUGAUGGCGUUAAUUUUCGGUUUAUUCCUUUUAUACUGGUCGCCAUUUUCCUUAGUUCUCUUUUUCCAGAGAUUGUACAAAGAGAGCACUGUAUUGGCCCAAGCUAAAUGCUAUUCGUUGACAUUCAUCAAGAGUAACUGUUGCAUAAAUUUUAUUGUAUAUAUAUGUAGGAGUAAAGCAUUUCGGAAGAACUUGAGGUGUUUCUGCCUGUCUAAAGUCAGUCCGGACUCGGAUGACGGAACUGCUCUAAGCUGA